CCUUUGUACUUCGUCCAAGGAGCAGAGACUCUACUCUUAGAUGGUGUAGUUAAUCAUGAAUCGUCAUAGAGUAUUAAUUUUGGCUAAGAUCUUCUGGUUUUUAGUUUUAUUCUGUUUAGAUAGAACUAAUGAGGCGGCUAAUACAACAGAUUUCGUUCCUCCGUAUCUGCCGUCAGACAAUGGAGAUAAUUUAUUAAGCACAAAACUCACAACAUCAGCGCAAAGAGACAUCAGGAACUCAACAGAAGAAAUCACAAGCUCAACAGAAAGAAACAUUACAAACCCAACAGAAAGAAACGCAGUUAAUUCAACAGAACGAGACAUCAUAAGCUCAACAGAAAACAUAAUUAAGUUGCACAAAAUGCUUAAAACGUCCAGAAACGUUGACUCUUCUCUAACUCCUGAAGUGACUACAAAGAACCCCAUUUCUCAAUGGUUGAACAUUGAAAGAAGAAUGAAAGAAAUUAUCAAUUCUGUCUUGAAGCAGUUCCUUCCUAACAUAAUAAGGAUGUUUUCUACUAUUGAAUUAUCCGGUCCCUGCUAUUCUAGUUUGUUGAAAACAGCGUUGGCUGUCCGGAAGUUGAAGUCUUGGGCAAUGAAAAUGUUAGAUGCUUCUGGAAAGAUACCUUCUGGAAUUGCCGAGGGGACAACUACCACCUUUGGAGCGUACGACCUGUGCCUUGGUAUUAUCGCGAAUAACAAAAGAACAAAGAAAGUAGAUUUCCGUGGGAAAUAUUGCUUGUUAGAGAUACUGUCACCAUUUCCUACAACGCCACUGGAUCCCAGAUUACAAGAUACGAUUUUAGGCGACUUCGCACGAUCUGCUCACCUGUUGCAGGGAAGAUCUAACCGUAUUGGUUUGUGUGUCCCUUCAACCUGUACUCACCAGGACGUCGAUAAAGUUGCACAUGUUGCUUUUCAAGAUGCAUUACACGUCUCAGUUCCCCAAUGUGACGUAAAGGAAGAACUAAACUUGUCAGCUGAGCAGAUUGGAGUUUUGAGUCUGCUUGGAACACUUCUACUGCUGGUGGUUUCAGGUACAACGUUAGAUUUAUGGAAACAGUACCAACCUGAUAAACAAACACUGAACCCUAAGAAGACAAAAUGUUGGCAAGCAAUGAGCUUCGAAGUUUUAAAGGCGUUUUCUCUCUACACCAAUGGAAAACAGAUGCUGAACACCAACGUUGGUUCAGGAAAUCUUGGAGCCCUACAUGGUAUCCGUUUCUUUACAAUGGCGUGGGUUAUCUUAGCCCAUACCUACAUAAUGCCUCCUAUGAGGAUGUACAAUGGACUUAUAAAUUUGCAGUAUGCUGUAAAGGAUGUCACUUUCAUGGUUGUAUGGAAUUCCUUUGUACAAGUGGAUAGUUUUUUUUUCCUCAGUGGAUUGGUGCUGGUCUACACAACAAUGAAAAAACUAAAUGGUAAAAAUGGACGUUUGAAUCUCGUGAGAUACGUGAUACACCGUUACUUGAGGUUGACGCUUCCUAUGAUGUUAGUCAUAUCUCUGAUGUUUAUUCUUCCGUUGAUUUCUUCUGGACCACUUUGGAACAAUGCAGUAGAAAGUCAAAUACAAAGAUGCAGGAACACUUGGUGGGCAAAUAUGUUUUACUUCAGUAACUUCCUGAAUCCAAGAAACGCAUGUCUUUCACCCUACUGGUAUCUGUCAGCAGACAUGCAGCUCUACCUCAUCUCGCCGGUUGUACUUAUUACACUCUACAAGUGGCCUCGUAUGGGGUUUGGACUUAUCACGUUUGGUAUCUUAGCAUCAUGGGUUUCCGUAGCAGCGAUUACGCUUUGGAGUAAUUUUCAUCCAUCAAUAGUGCUGUUUGACAGGAAAACAUUUAUAGAAAUGGGCGGCUACAUUCACAUGCAGCCUUACACUCACCUCGGUCCGUACUGUAUUGGGCUGGCCACGGGAUACUUGUUGCUGAAACACAGAAACAUCAAGUUGAAACCACUUGUUGUGGCUCUCGGCUGGAUCAUUACUACCGUUUCGUGUUCAGCUGUGAUAUUUGGAGCUUAUGACUGGCAUAACGGAAUCAAACCAAAUAUUGUAGUUGGAAUCAUAUACGCUUCGGUCCACAGAACUGUGUUUACUUUAGGGUUAGCUUGGAUCACGUGCGCUUGUGUGUAUGGAUAUGGAGGUCCUGUAAAUGCAUUGUUGUCAUGGGAACCAUUCAUCGUUCUUGGACGGCUGACCUACACUUCUUACCUGAUACAUCCAUUGGUUAUAUAUGUCAGGUCUGGUACAGUGAGGGAGGGUCAGUUCUUCAGCCAUUUUGAACAGGUCUGCAGAUUCCUUAUCUAUCUUGUAUUGUCAAUGUGUUUGGCCUCAGUUCUCCAUCUGAUAUUUGAAGUUCCCUUUAUGAAGCUAGAACGAUUUCUUUUACCACAACCGACGCCUUCAAAGUCUUCCUGGAGCUCGAGGAAACAGAAAGAAGAAACUAACGGUCAAGUUGCACCAAACUGCAUGUCAAAAUAUUCUUCAGACAUGAAGGAAGACAUUGUUACAAUUUCAAGAUUAUGACGAACUCACAGAACAAAGAAAAAUGUACAUCUAUAUUACAAAAACAAACGUAAUAUGUAAACUGAUGCUGUUAAGUAAAAACAAAAAGGCGUUCGAGAGUUCGGACACUUUUAAAAGUAAUGUUUUUUGUAAAUGGUAAGUGGAAAUAGUCCUUGCAACACGUGGGCUAAAACUUGAGGUUAAGUAUUUUUGAAAUAAAUUUUAAUUCAGGGUAUUUAA